AUGGUGAUAAAGUCUAUAGCAAAAGGCUUUAUACUGAACAAGUACACGUACCUACGAAAUCCAUGGAAUUGGCUGGAUUUUGUCGUGAUAACGAGCGGUUACGCGACCAUCGGAAUGGAGGUCGGCAAUCUGGCUGGUUUGAGAACAUUUAGGGUACUUAGGGCUCUCAAAACCGUCUCCAUUAUGCCAGGCCUCAAGACCAUCAUCAACGCUCUCCUCCACAGCUUCAAACAACUCGCUGAAGUUAUGACUCUGACCAUUUUCUGUCUGAUGGUCUUUGCUCUAUUUGCUCUGCAGGUGUACAUGGGAGAAUUGAGGAAUAAAUGUGUGAAACAGCAAGACCCUAAUGGAACACAAGUCGAUUGGAGAGAGUGGACUUGGAACUCAUCCAAUUGGGCCUUCGACGAAGACGAACAUCCGAUCAUAUGUGGAAAUGUCACUGGUGCCAGACACUGCAAUGAGAGCUACACGUGCCUUUGCGUAGGUCCAAAUCCUAAUCAUGGCUACACGAAUUUCGACAAUUUUCUGUGGUCAAUGCUCACCACUUUUCAGCUGAUUACUUUGGACUACUGGGAGGAUGUCUAUAAUAAGGUGUUGUCAGCGUGUGGGCCUAUUAGCGUUACGUUCUUCACGGUGGUCGUGUUCUUUGGAUCGUUCUAUCUCAUCAAUCUGAUGCUCGCUGUUGUGGCACUGAGCUACGAAGAAGAGGCUGAGAUUACAAACGAGGAACGAAAAAAAGAUCUCACGGAUCACCGCGAAGACUCGACGUUUAGUUUUGACCCCACGAAAAUCAACAUUAAGACGUUAACGAAGGAGAAGCAGAAAAAAAUUGACGCGAGAAAGGGAGUUUUACUCAGCAGUUACACAAGAAAGAAAACGAGAAGAAGAAAACGGGGAAGAAGUACUGCUGGACAGGAGAAGAAUGGUGGUGCCAGGAGCAGGUCACAAACAAAUAAACGCGAUCAGUCAGUGACACCUAGCCCUAGUCCAAGUCCGAGGCAUUCAAAUGCUCGACCCUCAAAUCUUCCACUUCAAGUGGCUCCAAAACCACCUGAUCCAGUCCACCGCCUCGCCCCCCAUCGCAACAUGCUACACUCGAGACAAGCAAGCAACAAUAGCAAUCAACAGUCAUCACUGGAUGAUUCUGGAGUUGUGGAUGAUCAUGAUGGGGAUGAUGUAACAUCAGCCGAGGAGCAUGAGAGGCGAGAACACAGAGUAGAAAGAGCCGAACGCUCACAGACACAACAAGUGACUGGGAUUGCUGAACGUACUUUACCACUAGCACCUGUUACUGUGUCAGUUAGGAGUAGAAGUAGGGAGAUCAGGGUACUCAAAUGCAAUGGCGUCAAAACAAAAAAGCAGUUGUAUACUUUACCGCCCGAGUAUCUUUCCCACAUUGUUGUUCUUGAUGAUCUGCCGGAUCGAAACUGUGACAAAUGUAUCCAAUGCUGCGUGGACUACGAGGGCUGGCUUCGCUUCCAAAACUGUCUCUACAAGGUGGUUAGAGAUCCUCUCUUCGAGCUGACGAUCACCCUGUGUAUCGUCCUGAAUACUGGCUUCCUCGCCCUGGAGCAUCAUGGAAUGUCGGAAUCAGUCCGUCAGGCGCUGAACAUCGGCAACAAAGUUUUCACUAGCAUCUUUACAUUCGAGUGCUUCCUGAAGCUCCUCGCCCUGAGCAAAGACUUCUUUAAAAACGGCUGGAACAACUUCGAUCUUAUUAUCGUAUCCGCUUCUCUGAUUGAUCUGGCCUUCGAACUCGUCGAUGGUCUCUCAGUUCUUCGAGGAUUACGUCUCCUGCGUGUUCUUAAGCUCGCCCAAUCUUGGACGACAAUGAAAGUUCUUCUCAGUAUCAUCAUUUCCAGUAUCGAAGCCUUGGGAAAUCUGACCCUCGUUCUCGUAAUUGUCAUCUACAUAUUCGCUGUGAUCGGCAUGCAGCUCUUCAGUAAAGACUACACAGCUGAUAAAUUUUUCCCCGAUCCCGUUCCCCGCUGGAAUUUCAACGACUUCUUCCACUCAUUCAUGAUGAUAUUCCGGAUUCUUUGUGGUGAAUGGAUCGAGCCCCUCUGGGACUGCAUGAGAGCCGAAAAGUACGAAGGACCGGAAACCUGUUUCGCCAUAUUUUUACCCGCCCUGGUAAUGGGUAACUUCAUGGUGCUCAACCUCUUCUUGGCCUUGUUGCUCAACAGCUUCAAUUCCGAAGAGCUCAAGCAGAAAAAACAAGAAGUCGGUGAAGACUCGAAACUAGCCAAAUCAUUCGAUCGAAUAAGAUCGAUAGUUCGUAAGAAGAGAUACAGAAAGGAGAAUUCCGAGAAUAAAAAGAAUAUGAGACUGGAGCAAAUAGUGAGGGAGGUGAUGGACAAGUCUGAUAAGGAGAAGUACGCGAUACAGGAGACAGUGCUGACUCUACCAAAGGAGAAUAUUUACAAUCGGUCGUAUCAGGAGAGUCUGAAUCAGCCGGUGUUCACGUAUGAGCCGAUAUAUCGACAAGCUACGGUUACGACUUACAGCCAGAGCAGUCAGGAGACUGUCAGAAGAUUGGAUGACACCAAAGCAGACAGUUGUGAGACCAAUGUCGACGAGAAUAUAGAGAUGGAAGUGCUCAAGGAGCAGUCUAUCAUGCUUCCUGAAUCCAUGGAGAAGCAACCGCUGCCUCCGGAGAAGACAACACCUCAGAAAAAGGACAACAGUCGAUUGGACAAGAGACCCUGGCACGCUUUGGUCAGUUAUGUUGAUGAGUUGACAGUUGGUGGUAGAAGAGACAGCAAGGGAAGGUACAUCGAUGGUCUGGGAUCCUUUCCUGGAUUCGGCAGAAACAAACCCGAUAAAGUACCUCAGGACUGCUUUCCACAGCAUUGCUAUCAAAAAUGCAGCUGUAUAAAUCAAUGUAUCGCCACUGAUCUGGGUAGAAAAUGGAUAAAAUUACGAACAGCUGUACUCUCAGUCGUCGAUACACCAGCAUUUGAAUGGAUGAUUCUCGUAUUUAUAUUUUCAUCAUCCGUAACACUUUGUUUCGAGGAUAUUUAUCUCGAUGACAAUCCAUUUCUCAAGAAUAUAUUGUACUGGACGAAUCUUGCAUUCUGCGCAUUAUUCAGCGUCGAGAUGCUGCUCAAGUGGCUUGCCCUUGGAUUUUGUAAAUACUUCACCAGUUUCUGGACAAUCCUGGAUUUUAUAAUUGUUUUCGUAUCCAUGUUUAGCCUUUUGAUAGAAGAAAAUGAAAACCUCAAAGUGCUGAGAUCGUUGAGAACUCUUCGAGCCUUGAGACCACUCAGGGCAAUCUCGAGAUGGCAAGGCAUGAGGAUUGUAGUGAACGCGUUGAUGUACGCAAUACCCAGUAUUUUCAACGUGCUCCUCGUUUGUCUCGUGUUCUGGCUGAUAUUCUCCAUAAUGGGAGUUCAAUUCUUCGGUGGAAAGUUUUUCAAAUGUUUGGACGAGUACGGCGAGCUUGUUGAUAUUUCGAUAGUGAACACGAGAAAUGAUUGCCUAACAAAGAAUUACACUUGGGAAAACAGUAAAAUAACUUUCGAUCACGUUGGUAUCGCUUAUUUGGCACUAUUCCAAGUCGCUACUUUCGAGGGCUGGAUGGAAGUGAUGGAGGACGCUGUAGAUUCUAGAGGUGUUGAUCUUCAACCGCAAAGAGAAGCUAACUUGUGGGCCUACAUAUAUUUCGUUAUAUUUAUCGUCUGUGGUUCCUUCUUCACACUCAAUCUCUUCAUCGGAGUAAUCAUUGAUAAUUUUAAUAUGCUGAAGAAGAAGUACGAGGGUGGCGUGUUAGAAAUGUUUCUGACCGAGAGUCAGAAGCACUACUACACAGCCAUGAAAAAGCUCGGUCGUAAAAAACCACAAAAAGUCAUAAAACGUCCGCUGAAUCAAUUCCUAGCCAUGUUCUACGACUUGUCCAACUCGAGAAGAUUCGAAAUAGCGAUCUUCGUCUUGAUAUUUUUAAAUAUGCUGACAAUGGGAAUAGAGCAUUACAAUCAGCCACACCCAAUAUUCUUCCUUCUGGAAGUGUCCAAUGCAUUUUUUACAACGGUAUUUGGACUUGAAGCAAUCGUGAAGAUAAUUGGACUGCGUUAUCACUACUUCACUGUACCCUGGAAUCUGUUUGAUUUUCUACUGGUUCUUGCAUCGAUACUUGGAAUACUCAUGGAGGACAUAAUGAUUGAUUUUCCCGUGUCCCCGACGCUCCUGCGAGUCGUGAGGGUGUUCAGAAUCGGACGGAUACUGAGACUUAUCAAAGCAGCCAAAGGAAUAAGAAAACUUUUGUUCGCACUUGUCGUCAGUUUGCCGGCUCUCUUCAAUAUUGGGGCAUUACUUGCUCUUAUCACGUUCAUAUAUGCCAUUAUCGGCAUGUCAGUUUUUGGACAUGUGAGGAAGCAGGGUGCACUCGAUGACAUGGUGAAUUUUGAGACCUUUGGUCGGAGCAUGCAGCUGUUGUUUCGCUUGAUGACGUCGGCAGGGUGGAAUGACGUCCUGGAGUCUCUAAUGGUUCAACCGCCGGACUGCGAUCCCACCCCAACCAGCCGGCAGUUGAACGGAGACUGCGGAUAUCCACUCCUAGCCAUCACAUACUUCACGUCUUUUAUAAUCAUCAGCUACAUGAUUGUUAUCAACAUGUACAUCGCUAUUAUCCUGGAAAAUUUCAACCAGGCGCACCAAGAAGAAGAGAUCGGCAUUGUCGAGGAUGACUUGGAGAUGUUUUACAUAAGAUGGUCCAAAUAUGAUCCCCAUGCAACUCAAUUUAUACGCUUCUCCCAACUGAGUGAUUUCAUCGCAAGCUUAGACCCACCUUUGGGAAUAUCAAAGCCCAAUGUUGUUGCGUUGGUGAGCUUUAAUCUUCCUAUAGCCAAGGGCAACAAGAUACAUUGUCUGGACAUCCUUCACGCUCUCGUCAAGCACGUACUCGGACACGUCGAGGAGUCGGAAGAUUUUCGUAAACUCCAGGAACAGAUGGAUGGAAAAUUCAAGAAACAAUUUCCAACGAGAAAGGAAUUGGAAAUUGUUUCCUCGACGAGACUUUGGAAGAGGCAGGACAAAGCUGCCAGGCUCAUACAACGUACAUUCCGUGAAUAUAUAGCAAUGAAAAAAGAGAGAGAGAGAAUAGCUCACGAGGUGGAUUCUCAGACUCAAACAUCUAGCCCGGGUGGUAUGGGAAGCGAUGGCAGAGGCGGUGGGUGGGGUGGUAAGCUUUCGGCUCUUCUCCACGUACAUCGGGGCAGUCGGGCCAGUAGCCGCAAGUCCUCGAGGGCCAGCGACGCCAGCGAUCUCAGCGAGUUAGGAACAGCAUCUGCAUGGCUAUUUCCAAAUCUUCCACUCUUGCUGCUCUCCGGCGCCACAGGUACCCAUGAGGACCUGCAGCCCCCCGCCUUAACCGUAUCCCGUCCCUCGCCAACCAUGGAACAACCCUCCGCCAUGUCUGCCACCUCCAGCUCUGGCUCAGACUCUCAUGUCACUGUCAGAUCAUCGGGUGCGACUCUAGGUCGUCAGGACGCUGUGGAAUCCUAUGCAGAUGACGACGCCCUGAGUCCCCCGACGUCGAAACGAGGUUCGUUGAGACCUAGUGGCACUGCCCUAUCGCUCAAUAUGCUCCAACGAGACAUAAAAGACGCAUUCACGAGGAGAUGUAGUAGCCUUCGACGAAGAUCAGCAGUUCCAAGUCCUCUGGCCCACGAACCAGCACCUCUCAGAAUACCUGAUCGCAGUGACGUCAGUAUCCUUGUGACUGAACCGAGUCCUGAGAAUACGAUACCCUCGGGACGACCUCCAUUGCUCAGGCAACAGUCAGAGGCAACUGUUGUUCAUGUUCUUGUACAUCGGGAGAGCGAGGAGUACCAGGAAACACCUGAUGACAGCUGAUCGUAGCGUCCUCAAGGACAUCACUGUCACGGAAUUAUUUUCAUCGUCUUUAAAGAUAUUUGUCGAUUCUCUGCUUUGUUCAUUGCUGGAAGAAAAGUCUCGAUUUUUUUUGUCUGAAUAAAACGAUGUCUCGUCAUUCCAUUUUUAUGUGAUACCUCAGAUGUAAUUAUUUAUAAAAAUCCAAAAUGUUUAUUGAAGUGUGGUAGCAGUUUAUGGCAGGAUAUUUUUUUACUUUUAGGAUUUUUGUUGUGAGGAUUUUUUGGAGGCAAUUGACCGACUAUAACCCUUUGAUCUAUAUUUUUUCGUGUAGAAUUAACUGUAUUUCUGUGUUAUUGACGUGAUGCUGUUGAUGACAAUUGACGAAUUGAAUUGAGAUUUUUCUUCCAUCCCAAAAUGAGCAAAAAAAUACGCGUUAUUUGCCCUUUUUCUCAAGACGCCUCCGAGUCUUCCGCCAACUUUAUAAUCUCUUAUCCUUUUUCAUUUUAAAACAUAUAAUCAGCGAGGAUAUUUCAAAAGACAUCUUAAUUUUUUCAUAUAAAAUUAGAUGAGAGCCUGAUAAACGUUACUGCCUCGUAGAGUGAAAGCACACGAGCAUCUGGAAAAUGACUCGUAAUUCCGGGGAAGCGUUCAGUAAAUCCCAGUGAUGAGUGCAUAAAAAAUUCAAUAGAGUUUUUAUCUACUUGCAAUUAGAGUCAAUUGCGGAAAUCGUUACGUCGGAAUUGCGAGAGAUCUCCUAGUGAUGUCUCUAAUCCAUUAGAUUUUAAUGAACAAAUAAAACAACAACCGAAAGCUUGAUUUGAUUGAAGUUAAUGAUAGUGACGCAUUUGCAUGGAAAACAAAAGCGAAUUUAGAAAAUUUGAAUUUAUCGUUAUUGAAUUAACGCAGUUAAGUAGGUGUAGGCACAUUUAGGGCGGUGGGAGGAAUAUUAAAUUAAUGGUAUCGUCGCUCCAUUGAUGAUAACGAUUCAUUAUCAAAGUUGCUCCCAUAAUAUCUCUGGAAAAUUAACAUUUUACUCAUCACCUGAACUCAUUUCCCAAUAUGUUGUAGAUAUCUCAAAAAUUCAGGGGAGAAAUAAUAGUCGAAUUGCAGGUAUAGAAAAUUUUAUUUGACAAAAAUCAUAAUUGGGAAAAUGGGAAAG